UAGGUCACGUGUCAUCUGCCAAACCCUACGGCCGCAGGACUGAGUCCCAGCUUCCGCCUAUAGGAGACAGCCACACCUACACCCACACCAGAUCACCUCCUCUUCCAAAUCCCAACACUCGGAGGGAAUCGGAAUCCUUCUCUCUCCACCUCUGCUGUCAGUGUUAGUGCUGCUGCCCCUCCCUCCCUCCCUCCCUCCCUCCCUCUCUUUUCAGCUGCUCAGAUUUGCCUCUUCCCUAUUCCCUAACCCUAGCUUGUCUGCUAUUGUUCACAAAUCAAUCUCACCUAGCGGCUUUUUUCGGUUUCGCCUACCACCACCACCUCUUCUACCUGGUUCUUCAGUCGCCUUUCAACCAGGCUGAAUAGAAACUACUAAAGAUAUAAGAAUCUGGUGAUAGGCAGUUGUAAUUAAGGGGUUUUUAAGGAGUUGAUGUCCUGCUGAUCUGAAUGGGGGCUGGGGAAGAUACCACACCUACUAAGCCUUCCAAACCAACUUCUUCAGCUCAGGAAAUGCCAACGACGCCCUCAUAUCCUGAGUGGUCGAGCUCUAUGCAGGCUUAUUAUGGUCCUGGAGCUACACCACCUCCCUUUUUUGCUCCCUCUGUUGCUUCUCCAACUCCCCAUCCAUAUCUGUGGGGAAGCCAGCAUCCUUUAAUUCCUCCAUAUGGAACACCAGUUCCAUACUCAGCCUUAUAUCCUCCAGGAGGUGUUUAUGCACAUCCUAAUUUGGCCACGGCUCCAAGUGCAGCACAUUUAAACCCUGAGUUGGAAGGGAAAGGCCCUGAGGGAAAAGACAAGGCUUCAGCAAAGAAAUCUAAAGGAACAUCAGGAAAUACUGUUAAGGGUGGCGAGAGUGGAAAGGCAGCUUCAGGCUCAGGAAAUGAUGGUGCCUCACCAAGUGCUGAAAGUGGAAGUGAGGGUUCAUCAGAUGCAAGUGAUGAGAAUACUAACCAACAAGAAUUUGCUUCUAGUAAGAAGGGAAGUUUCAAUCAGAUGCUUGCUGAUGCCAAUGCACAGAAUAACAUCUCUGGAACAAGUGUUCAGGCUUCAGUUCCUGGGAAGCCUGUAAUAUCUAUGCCUGCAACUAAUCUAAAUAUUGGGAUGGACUUAUGGAGUGCAUCUCCUGGGGGCUCUGGAGCUACAAAACUGAGACCAAAUCCAUCUGGCAUCUCAUCUUCUGUUGCUCCAGCAGCAAUGGUUGGGCGUGAAGGCGUUAUGCCCGACCAGUGGAUUCAAGAUGAACGUGAACUCAAAAGACAAAAGAGGAAACAAUCUAACAGGGAGUCAGCUAGGAGGUCGAGAUUACGGAAGCAGUUGGAAUACUAGAGGUCUUGGUUCUAGAAAGAAGAGAAGGGUAGUAAAGGAUUUUCUUGGCCAUGAAAAUCCGGAUGUUGUUCUGUUGCAAGAAAUAAAGAGGGAGUCAUGCGACAGGAGGUUUAUGAGUAGUGUGUGGAAGGCCAGGAACAAAGAAUGAGUUGUUCUCCCAACUAUUCGGGCUUCAGGAGGUAUGACAAUCCUUUGGGAUGCUUUGAAGUUUAAGUGCUUAGAGGUUGUCCUAGGGUCUUUCUUAGCAACAGUAAAGUUGGAAUCAAAGGAAGAAAGAUUUUUUUGGCUCACUUUAGUUUCUAGUACUUUCCACUUUAGAAAGGACUUUUAGGCGGAGCUUCAAGAUAUUUCUGUCUUAGCUUGUCCGAAAUGGUGUGUUGCUGGGGAUUUUAACGUUAUAAGAAGAAUUUUAGAAAAGUUAGGAGGUUCCAAGUUAACCCUAAGUAUGAGGGAUUUUGAUGAUUUUAUAGGGAAAGUGAGUUAAUUGAUCCUCCUUUUAAGAAUACUUCUUUCACUUGGUCAAAUUUGUAAGAAAACCCCGUUUGCAAGAGGUUGGAUGGAUUUUUAUUUUCAAGUGAGUGGGAGCAGGGAUUCCCUCAAAGCAUCCAAGAAGCACUCUCUAGAUUGAGACAUCGAAUCAUUGUCCAAUUGUUUUAGACAUCAAUUCUUUUAAUUAGGGACCAAUACCUUUUAGAUUUGAUAACAUGUGGUUGUUUUAUCAAAUUUCAAGGAAAAUUUCGAUUGUUGGUGGAAUGAGUGUUGGUUUGAAUGAUGGGAAGGUCACAAAUUCAUGAAAAAGUUAUAGUUUGUCAAGUCAAAGGAAAAGGUGUUCUGGAAGCAAAAAACAAGGGUUAAAUGGAUAAAAGAGAAGGGGAUUGUAAUUUUAAAUUUUUUCAUAGGGUGGCUAAUGGUAGGCAUAAUAGGAAGUUUAUCAGGUCCUUGAUUGUAAUUCUAAAUUUUUUCAUAAGGUAGCCAAUGGUAAGCGGAAUAAGAAGUUCAUCAAGUCCUUGGUGUUAGAGGAUGAGGUAGUUUUAGAUUGCAUUGAAAGCAUUUCGGAGGAGAUCAAACUUCAUUUUGGGAAGUUAUUCUCCAAACCUUUAGGUGGCUCAUGGAUAAUAGAAGGCUUGGAUUGGUCUCCCAUUUCAACAAAGAAUGUUAAUUGGCUGGAUCGCCCUUUUUCAAAAUAAGAGAUUCAAAAUGUCGUGUUGCAUUUAAAUAAGAAAAAGGCCCUUGGCCCAGAUGGCUUCACCAUUGUGUCAUAUCAAGAGUGUUAAGAGACAAUUAAGGACAAUCUUUUAAGGGUGUUCUUAGAGUUUCACAAUAAUGGGAUAAUUAAUCAAAGCACUAAUGCAACCUUCAUUGCUCUAGUGCCAAAAAAGAGUCAAACCAAUAGAAUCUCAGAUUUUAUAGACCUAUCAGUUUGGUUACUAGUUUGUACAAGAUCAUAGCUAAGGUACUUUUAGGGCAGCUGUAUUUGAGAAAAUAAAGGGUUAAUC